UCCAACAUGGCAGACGGAGUGGGUCUUACGCGGUAACUAAAGCAACAUUUCAACUGGAACAGACACAUUCAACACUACCCUGCUGCAACAGGACAUCAACAAUGAGGGAGAGACAGAAGAAAAAGAAAGGGAGGACGUGGGCGGAAGCCGCUAAAACGGUUUUGGAGAAAUACCCUAAUACGCCCAUGAGCCAUAAAGAGAUCCUGCAGGUGAUCCAAAGAGAAAGGCUUAAGGAAAUAAGAAGUGGAACCUCGCCGCUGGCAUGUCUGAACGCAAUGCUGCACACAAACUCCCGUGGGGAUGAGGGGAUCUUCUACAAAGUUCCAGGCAGAAUGGGCGUCUACACAUUAAAGAAGGACGUCUCAGAUGUGGCGAAGGAGCUGUCUGACGAGGGCUCUGAGGACAGCAGUGACAAUCUUUCGGACUCCCAAAGCACAGAAAACAACAGCAGUGCCAUCGCAGGAGAGGGCCGGAGAGGACGGUGGAUGCGGAGAGUUCCCUCCAAGCUGCAGUCACAGCCGUCCUCUCCGCAGCCUCGAUGCUCGUCGCCUUCUGUCCCCAGCAGUAAACUCAUCUCUCCCUCUCAGAAACACAGCAAGAAAGCUUUGAAACAGGCCUUGAAGCAGCAGCAACAGAGAAACCAGCGCAGACAAGUGGGAAUGCCAACCACCUCCAGUCCUAGACUGCUUCUGAAAACCAUCAAAGAUAUGGCUGACAACAUUACUACAAAGACUGACUGCCACCCCGUCGUCCCCAGGAAGGUUUCUCAGAGGUCCGGCCGCCUUAGUGCCGGGCAGCUGAAACGUACCAAGUGUAAAAUAGAUGUGGAAACACCAGACUCCAUUUUGGUUAACACCAACUUGCGUGCGAUCAUCAACAAGCACACCUUCUCUGUCCUUCCUGCAGACCGCCAACAGAGGCUACUGAAACUUCUGCCUGAAGUUGACCGGCAGGCUUGCAUUGACGGCCUACUGAAGGUCACUAGUUCUGCAUUGAACAAUGAGUUCUUCACAUCAGCAGCUCAGUCUUGGAAGGAGAGGCUGGCCGAGGGGGAAUUCACUCCUGAGUUGCAGCUACGAAUGCGCCAAGAAAUUGAGAAGGAAAAGAGAGUUGAGCUCUGGAAGGAAACCUUCUUUGAAAACUAUUAUGGUGAAAAUUCUGGGCUCAGCUUUGAGGAAUCCAAAGAGCUGACAAAGGCUGAUGUGAAUCAGGAGUCUGCCAGGCCCCAGUCCCCCCGUCAUCAGACAGCAGAGAAUCCCAAGGGCACCAAGGACACCGGCCGGACUGAUGCUGCUGCUACCGCUGUGAAAGACAUGAAGCCAACUAAGGAGCCUCUGAAGGCACAGCCUGCUCAGAGAGAGCCAGUCUCCACCACUGAGCCCAUGAAGACACGGCGCUCGCAGUACGCCGAGGAUCGAAAGUUGAACGCAGCAGCGGCAGCACAGUCUGGGCUGACAUCUGCAGUGAAAACACCAGAGGUUGAGAGGCCGACUGUACGGGCUGCGGUAGCUACUCUGCCUGAAAAGGAGCAAAAAGAGGAAGUGAAGGAGGUUAAAACUGAGCUCCCGCAGUCGCCUGUGAAGAAAAACCCUCCACCGAAAAGUUCAGAGUUAAAAGAGGAUCAGCCGGUGUCUGUGGUUAAGCCUGCUGAGGAGAGCGAACAGGUCAUCUCUGAGCCCAGUGCCCCCUCAGAGCCGCUGAAAAGGAAAUCUCUCAGUGAGAUUGGGGAUGAAUUGACACCAGAGAAAAGGCCCCGCAUGUCGUCGGUUUCCUCAGUGUCUUCAGUCUCCUCUGUGUCUCCUUCAGCGUCGUCCAUAUCAAGCCCUGCUACACCGACGUCGAGUCAGAGGGUUCCACCACUCAAGAUCCCAGUGUCCCGAAUUCUCCCCAUUCCUUUGUCACCUAGUCAGGUCUCACCCAGGACUCCCCUCCCGGCCCCGCUCAGCAGCACUGGCCAUACUGGCGCUCGCACUUUGGCUGACAUCAAAGCCAAAGCUAAGCUUGCUCGAGCGCAGAGAGCAGCGGCUGCCGCAGUAUCGUCUGCAUCGAAGGGAGCGGUGCCAGGCCCGGGGCCAGGGGGAGGCAGUGGUGAGCAGACGCAGCCAUCGCCGAGCCCCAGCCCAACGUCCUCACAGGCAUCAAGCAUAUUACCAGCCUCCAGUCACACCAGUACACCUCCUCCUCGCCCUCUGGACUUUGUUGGCCAACUAAGCCCAAACCGGUCUCAAACACCCUCCUCAAGCAAAACUGAUGAAAAACUCAAAGAUCGUUCUGCUGGUUCUGUCACUGCGGCACCCGAUAGCAUUCAGAUUCAACCCACUACGUCAUCUGUGGAUGCUCUGAAGGGACAGGAAACCCUGUCACCUGCUGGUUCAUCAGCCAAGUUCAGCUCCUGUAUCCUUGCAGAUAACCCGCUGGUCACUCAGCUUCUGCAGGGCAAAGAAGUUCCAUUGGAGCAGAUCCUCCCUAAAUCGCUUUCCAAGGUGGAAGUGAAGAUGCCAAACUUACCCUCUGGUAGUAAGGGGAAGUCGCCACACUCCGCUGAGCAAAGGGCUGAUAAGCAGAUGUCCCAGCAGUUCAAUACAGCAGGACGAGCAGGAGUUUUCUCCGAAUACACAAGACACCACGGGGAACUUCCUGAUAAGGAGACUCAGGAGCAGAUCCUGCAGGCUCUGAUGCAGAGGAAAGGCCAGCUGAUCCAGCCUUUUGGUGGUAUGGGGCUACAGCAUCAUCAGUACAAAGUCCAUCAGCUGGUGCAUGCAGAAAAGCAUCAGGACCAAUCAAGGAUUUCCGUAGGGUUUCUGGGUCGUAGAAGGAUGCCCAGGCCUGCCAUGACGGGACAUUACCUGCUCAAUGUGUCCACAUACGGCCGAGGACCAGAGGGCAAGAGACUGCAGCAGUCUGUCAUCCCAAACACGUCUGUGUCCAGUUUAAAAAGGGAAAGCACAGAAGGAGAGGAGGCGGUUAAGGAAGAAGAACCAGCCAGGAAAUGUUUCUUUCCUGCUUCUGGAGUUAAAACAGAGCAGCAUGGAUACUCGAUAACCAAGUCUGAUGAAGCAGCGAUCCUUCAGCAUUGCUCCAGUGUAAAGACUGAGCCUGGAUCAGAGCAUAGUGCAGCCGGUGCCGAUAAAAACAGCACCAGUGGGACAGCCAAAGACACCAGCCCCUUUUCUCAAUCACACCGAAGGCACCUCGAACUCCGCAAUAGUAACCAGGGAAACUUCGAGCCAUAUCUUACCCAAGUGGACCCCAGUCACCAGCGGCAGUCUGCCUUUCAGACCCAGAGAACGCUUGAUAAUCAGGAAGUCGUGGCAGCAUCGUGCUACGGUGGCACUAUCAGUAUGUCUGUACCUCACACUUUGAACCACAGCACUGCAGGCAUUGGCUCUUCCACAGCCGCAUCAGAGGCUGAGGGCGGCGGCGUCCACGGGAGCGUCAUGUCUUUCUCAGUGACCGUCACCACCAUACCUGCCGGUCACUCGUUAGACCACGGCAACCAGGGCGAGCCCUCACCCGAGCAGUCGUUCAUCGAGGGCUCCAACAUGGAGGACGUGCAGUCUAAAUGCUACUGCAGACUGAAGGCGAUGAUCAUGUGCAAAGGAUGCGGAGCCUUUUGCCAUGAUGACUGCAUCGGCCCCUCGAAACUGUGUGUGUCAUGUUUAGUUGUACGAUGAUAUGAAAUUACUAAUGAUUUGAAGAUAUCGUGGUUUGAUUUGUAUCGAAGACACAAAGCAGAAGCAGGUCCUUCAGAAUCAAUAUGACAUCGCUGCUGCUGGGAUGAAGCACGUUAGCAACAACCAGCAUGUGGUCGCUGUUGGAAAGGAAAGGAUUUACACUGGAUGUUCUUUUGUUUCACCAACAUCAAUGAACAGUUGUGUCGUGCAGUUUUUUUGGUAGAAAUGUCAAUCAAAUCAGUCUGUUAGAUGUGUGACAAAUAUAAAAGCUGGCAUUGUUUGCACUUGGCUAGGAUUAGU